GCUAAGAACAGACAGACAAACAUUCUAUUAUAUAUAUAAACCGACGAGGCAGACUAAACUGUUCCAAGAAACUAUAUAGAUCAGAGGUCGCAAACUGGCGGCCCGCGGGCCGGAUAUCGCCCGUAAAAAUUUGUAUCCGACCCGUGGCCUUGAUUAUUUCUUUUCGAAAAAUCAAUGUUUCUAACAUAUUGCGGAUAUUAACACAGAAAAAAUUCAAACUUCUGUUUACGUAUGUUGUAAAAGCCUGAUAACAAAAGGGCCUUUGUUAGAUUAGAGCCUUUUUUUAGUUUAUAGAAUGUUUUGAUUUACCGAAUAAUAACGAAUACGGUCUGGUAUACAUCUAUUCGACUGGCCCUUUGCUGCGUUUGAGUUUGCGAUCCCUGGUCUAGAUUAACAGUUCCUCACUCGAAUUAGUUCAAACAGUUCCAGUUCUAAAUCAAACUAUCUAUAUUUAGAGCAGUUCUCUUACUUUUCCAAAAGUAAGAGUAGAACUGCUCUAAAUAUAGCGUCGCCCACCAUCAUCAUGACGAUGAAACGUUUUUAAUCUUUAUCCAGACUGUAUUUUCCUUUUUUAGUAUGCCAUACCACGUGUUUUACUGCGUACCACCAUAUUUCGUGUACUCUUUCACCUACUAUGUAACUAUAACAGUCAAACGAUUUGUAAUUUGUAAACAAUUGCUUUGUAUAACAGCAGGUUCUGUCCACAAAGUAAUCGUGAAAAUCGAGCUAUUUUGUGGUAUCGCUGAUAAAGAGAUUAUGUAGUUCAACGUCUGAGAUAGGUCACUCCAGGCCAAAUUGCUUAUGCUUUCCUUUAUAUCAGCUUUAACUUCAUCAUCCAAAAAUUUCGAAUAAAUGUAAAGAAUAUCUGCAAGUGAAGAAGAGUCCCAUUAAAGUUGUAAGGAUGCAAAUUUUAAUUGACAGAACUCGCUUUUCAUUCUCAACGAGCGCACGUCUGACAUUCAUUUAAAGUGAUUCACUUGCAUUUGAUGCGUCAACCACAAUCUUGAAUUAAGUUUCAUCUAAUUACGCUCAUCCUAUUUUAAAAAUGAUCAAAUGGAUUGAACUGGAUUAAUAUAAUGAAUUCCAGCGUCAAAUUAUUUAAAUUGUUUAUACCGAGCGCGAUAUAUCUUGUUUUCUAUCACGCAUUUUGUUACGGUCGAAAUGUGGAAAGUGAUAAGGAUCAAUGUUUAUUGAUUAUCUUGUUAGACGGAAUUCGAUGGGAUUAUGUCAACGAAGAAAACUUGAAAGGAUUCACCAGAUUAUCUCGAAAUGGCGUCAAAGCGGAAUACGUCAGACCUGUUUUUCCUUCAAAUUCCUAUCCGAAUUGGUAUUCUAUCGCAACAGGGCUUUACGCUGAAAGUCACGGAAUCGUGGAUAAUUUUAUUUUCGACGAGAAAUAUAACGACUACUUUUUAAUGGCCCCCGAUAAAGGUGUGUUUAAAGAACAUUGGUGGAAUGAUGCAGAACCGUUAUGGAUCACAGCAGAGAAAAACUCCAUUAAAACAUACAUGUAUAAUUGGGUAGGGUGCGAAGUUCCUAUCCAGGGUUUAACUGCAAGCUAUUGUAAGAAUUUCAGAUCUCUUUUCAGCUGGUGGACACGUGUCAACAGAGAUACAAAAACAGCAAUAUUCCGUAUUUUGGAUCAUUUUCAUUCUAAUACUUCCAGACUGGGUUUUGUAUAUUAUGAACCAAUAGAUGCUCUUGGUCAUCAGUUUGGUCCGAAUUCUGCAUUAACGCGAAAUUUUUUAAGAAAUAUCGAUUCAAUUCUAUACGACAUGCAAGAAGAGAUCGAAAAAAGAAAUUUAGGAAAUAGAGUAAGAGAUUUAUAAUUGAUAUUUUCAUUAUUUUUUUUGAUAAAUUUAGGUUAUUUAUUUAUUGGAUUUAAAGUAGUAUAUUCAAUUUAGGCAUAUAAACUUUGGCGAUCAUGAAGAUUUAAUUCAAAUCAACUAUCCUUGAAGUUAACGAGACUUUAACGCUUCGUUAUUGUCUUCCUUAAUUACAUUUCUAGAAAGGAUAUUAAA